AUGCUCGGUAGUAAACACGGGAUAUGACUGUUCAUUUACACACGCAGCAAAGGCUACGCGACAGACAACUGACUGGAGAGUGCCAAAAUCAACAAAUCAGGAGUAUCAAGCUUUUGACACCAAAGGAGCAAAUCACCACCUUUAUCUGGAUUCUUCUUUAUUUUCUUGAGGUUGUGUUUAUUUUACUACGGUAGUUUAUCACAUCUUCAGAUCCGAAGAAUGAGAGGGAAUCUUUCCGCGAACGAAGAUAUUUCAGGGUAUUAUUCAAUGAUGCCUGUCUCGGACUUCCAUGCAAAGCCUUCCUGUACGAUGGAGCCCGCGGACAGUAUGUGUGGAGCGGGAGGAGCUGUCACCGCCAGACCGCUGAUGGGGCACAUCUCUUCGUGGCAGCACUCUGGGGAUGGAGGAUGCGCGCAGGACGGAGCUGAGGAGUUAAACGAGAAAACGGUGCUUGCUCCACCGGUGUUCGUAUUUCAGAAGUCUUUCACGCUAUCCAUGAAGAGGAGAGCAGAGAGAUGGGAGGAGGGAUCAGUUGUGGGAAUCAGUCCAAACAAACGAGUCCGAUCCUUCACAUACCCUAAUCCUAACAGCAGAAUGAGGAAAGGCUCCUGUGACGGCAGUAGACGAGUGCGAACAAAUUCCCACUCUUUUCCCCCACCGCCUCCAGUCUCAAGAUCAAAUCUCUUCAUGCCUUCAAAUCUAUGCAACCGGGCCAACAUGUCCCCAAACAGAGUGACACCUCUGAACAGGGUCAGAAGGUCAUUACUUCAGCCUGCACGUCUCCUCGCCCCUCAACCCUGGAACAUCUCCUCACAGCCACACCUAUCUGAGGUAUUCUACAACUCUCUUCGCCCCCUCACACAGAGUGAAACGAGAAUACUCUCUCAGGUGAGCCAUGAUCCUUUAAAUGAUGUCUCCAGCAUCUCAACAGACUGCUCCUCCACUGUUGGUCUAUUACAUCAAAAGAAACCCUGUCAAGUUCACAGAUCGAAGCCAGACGGUACCACCUCAGACAGGGUCCAGUUUGUGUUUGGUGAAAACAUGAGUGAAAGAGUCUUGAGACCACAGAAAUCCCCUAGCAGUGAAGAUUCUGAUUGCAGCUCUGAUUCUGAGUCUUCCACCUCUGAGUCAAGUUAUAAAGGUGCUGUGUGGAGCAGUCUGAGGGAGUCUGCUGCAGCUUACACAGCAUCCUGUGGGAGGCAGCAUGUGCUCAGGCUCAGGCGGGUUCAGCUGUUCACUGGGGAGGAGAAGGAAAGCAAUGUGGUCCAGCUGACCUGCAGACUGUUUGUCCUGGAAAAGGGAACUCCGUCAUGGACUGAGCGAGGAAGAGGAGUCCUGCGACUCAAUGAUCUAGCAUCAGGGACAAAAAGAGGGCUUCAGUCCAGGAUAGUGAUGAGGCACCAGGGCAGUCUCAAGGUUAUCCUCAACACCAAGCUCUGGCCACACACACACCUACGUCGUCCUGCCCGCCGGAACCUCCAGGUGACUGGCACUGACGUGGAGACUCAGGCCGUUCGGGUGUUCCUCAUUCAGGCCAGCGCCAAGGACGUGGCUCGCCUCUACGUGGCCAUCCACCAUCGGCUGGUAGGCCUACGGGCCAGUGCUGCUGAGAGGGAGGCAGAGGCUGCAGGGGGCAGGACCAGGGAGGGGCACUGCAACAGUGAGAAUGAAGAGGAGGAGGAAGAGGAGAGACAACAGAAAGAAAGAGAAGGAAGGCUGCUCUUGACACGAUUACGACCUGUGGUUUGUGAUUGGAUACACAGUAAACCUAGUUUGGAUUCUUGGUGUCAUGACAUCAUAUCCUGACCUGGACCAUCUGAACAGAACUUUGGCUGUAAUGGAACAGCGGGACAAAACAUCAAGAGACAGCUUGCAAGUACUUACUGUCUAUUGAGCUACCAUGACUGCCUUCUUUUAACAACAACAAAAAUAUAUGAUCAUUCUAUUGCCGUACUUACUUUUGUACUUCACGUUAUUGUGGCAGUGUGCAAGGGAGGGUAAAUUUCCACAUUAUGACAGAGGGAAUCUAGAUGUAAUGACUGAUAAAAAACAAUUGUAUUUAUUUUUGUUAUUUUAUUAUGCAUUUAUAAUGAAUCCAACUGUUCAUGCAAGUGCUAUUUGUGGCUGAAGCACCCACAUUAACCUUGUUUUAAAUAUAUUUAGAAUAUUCCCAAAAGGUUUUGUUCUUCUGUAUUUCUUUUAUAAGCAUUAUGUUUUAUAUGUUGUAAGUGUUUUAAAAACACCUUAUGAUCAACGUACUGAUUUUGAAACCAUUUUUGUAGGUCUUUCACUACAAACAGAAUAUAAUAUGUAGCUAUCUAUUUCAACUGUGAGACAAACAAAAUAGCUUUAUUGUUAGCUGUUUCAUUUAUACAGUACAUUACUGACAUAAACAACAAUCUCAAGGUUGUGGUACACUCACCUUUUCUACACAGUACUAAAUGCAUGCCUCUGCCUACCUCUGUAAUUGCUACAAAUGUGAGAAAACAAUUAAAUGUUUUUAAUGGAUUUUAAGUUCUAUUACCUAGUGUAUUGUCAAAAGCAAUUAACUUAAAAGGGUAAUCCUGCAUAAAAGCAAACAUGACUAGCAUCUAGUUCAUAUUCUGAUAUGUAUAUAUUAUAUUAAUCUGCUUCUGGUAAUAUCACCAUGUUAUGUGAGCAGUUAUGUCAUCGUGAUUGAUAAAACUGAUUUUCUGAUACAA